AUGAGUGGUGUGGCUUGUCGUUGGUCAAACUGCAGUCAGAUUUUACCGGACAUACCUCAGCUUGAGGUCCACCUCAUUUCUGCACACAUUCCCAAGACCACAAGUAAUGGUUACAUCCGCGGCUCCGACUAUUCCUGUGGUUGGCCAAAUUGUGUGUAUCCCAUUAGUUCCUGCUGUUCCGUCCGCUUAGCUACCUUCAUUCGUCAUGUCAAGUUUCAUGCCUUCGUUGAAUACCUCAUUCAACGCAAUCGUCCUUUACUCCCUGCACCCAUAUCCUGUAUAAAAAAGUGCAAUUCUUAUUCUGAGCAUCUACCUUUUGAUUAUGAAUGUGCCUGUGGUUUCUCGACAGACUCAUUUCUUGUACUCUUUGAUCAUCUCCGUACCUGCAAGCAGGAAAAUUGCGCUAAAAUGGAGGAUUUUAAGGCUUUUGUUUGUCCUAAAUGUCUGAAAACCUUUGAAACCAUUGAUGAGGUUCUAGCUCAAGCCGUAAAUGAUCCGAGAAAGAGCAACAAUAUCGCCUUUCGUACAGGUUUCUUUUGUUCGUGGAUCGGCUGUAUGAGUAGCACCAAAGGAUUUGCAUCACUGAAAGAACUUUUAGAACAUGCAGAAGAUCAUCUGACUUCCUCGCCGAUGUGCCUCUGGAUGGGUUGCCCUGUAAGAAAAAACUUUAGUCGACCUCACCUCUUCCUGCAUGCCUACUCUAAUGUUUGUCGUAAUAGCGCCUUGGAAGCUAUUAAGGAACGACCUGAAAUAGUAAUGAAGUGUCUUUCAAAGAGGGAUGAUAUGGCCGUACCAUGUGGCUGUCACAAGGCGAGGUCAAAUUGGUUCCUUGAGCAUCUCCAGUCCACCGAUUAUGACGGCCUUCAUUGCAGGUGGAGCGAGUGUCGGCUCAAAUAUGAAAAUCCAAACGAAUUCUGUGAACAUGUGUUGGGGCACGUAGGAGCAAAGGAAGAACAAAGCAUGUGCCUGUGGUAUGAUGAGCUCCGUUGCGGUGUCAGCAGGCUCUGUGCCGUCGAAAUCGCUAAAGGCGUUCGUGCUCAUGUUCGGGAGUUACACACGGUUCCGCGCUUUCUCUGCCCCUUUUGUCUUCUUGCAACGUACACCAGGAAGUGUGAUCUCCUUUCCCACAUCUUCAUUCAGAUAGCUAUUAUCUCUUUUGCUCCAUUUAUCCUUAACGCAUUUGAACUAGCGAUGCGCUGCGUAACAAAACGCAAAUCUACAGUGGGAUACAAACGGAAUUUGAAAGAAAUCAAACUACCCUUGGAACCUGUCCCUCUUCUUCCCAAGCCAGACCAGUCUUCUUCCCAGCAGGGUGAAUAUUCGACGUCUGCACCGGACAUUGACGAGAUAAUCGGUGGUUCGGACGAGGAGAACGUGGAAUUAUUCGGACCGUUAGGACAACCAUCAUCUUCUCAAGCCACCGAAAGUGUCACAUUGCCACAACUCAUUAAGCGCUUUUACAAGAUCUGGCAGAAUGAAAAAAUCGCACCGGAGCUAAUGCCGGCGCAGAUAGACGCUGUGGCCUUGAUUAGCAGGGAGGUGACCAACUUUGAGACGCAAGCUAAGAGCUUACCCAAAGGUGAUAUCAGAGCCCAACUCAUACGGAUGCAGGCAGAGCGUCUUCGAUACCUUCUCACGGACUAUCUUCGGACACGCAUCAGAAAGAUUGAGCAAUUUCCACACUACGUGAUUAGCGAGGAGCGCUCCAGACCACAGACCGAGGAUCCGCAUCUCACUCCUGCGGAAUUCACCUUCACUAAAACAUUCGACGACUUGACGAUUGAAAACCUGCGCUUCACAGUGUUAGAUCAUCUUCCUCACAAUAUGAGCAAAGUUGACCAAGACGCCAUUGCCUUCCGACCGAAUCUAGACGCCUACGUUUUUUGUCAAGUACAUUCACGGAUUGAAGUAACAAACACCGACCCCUCCGGUGCAUCAUCUGAAGUGCUCACCCUAAUGCCAGGAGAGAUACAUCUUCUUCCAUACCGAGCUGUUCAGAAACACACCAAAAGUGGAAGUGUAACCCUCAUCUAG